AUUUUAUUUUAACAUCAUCAAACAGCUUAUCUUAUUUUUUUUCUUUCCCUUUCUUCUCUUCCCUUCGGAGUUUGAAGCUAACUACCCGCCCAAACUCGAUUCUUAUUCCCCCUCAGCGACCACACAUCAGAAAUUAUAGUUACACACCGCCGCCACCACUCGUAGCCAUGACGGACGAGAGCACGAGAUCAGUGAAUAAUAGGGCAGAGAAGGAUGAUCAUCAGCGCACGCCGGUUGGCGGUAAUGAGGCCGAGAUAGAGACUGAGGAGGAGGAGGAUGGUACUAAUACAGCUGUGGCUAAUGGAAGGGUUAUUGAGGAUCCUUCGGUGGAGGUCAUCGAUGAUGAUGAAGAUCUACUCGAUGAUUAUCCUCUCGACGUUGUGGAUAUUGAACUAGUACACCUGCGCAUCUCCUCCAUCCGCUCCCUCAAGCUCGAGCGCUUCACACAUGUGCAGAAACUCUGCCUCCGCCAAAACAACAUCACGGACAUUGAAUGUCUCUCCCCGCUCGCGCGAACCCUCGUCGACCUCGACCUCUAUGACAACCACAUCGCGCACAUACACGGCCUAGAGGACCUAGCGAAUCUGGAGAAUCUCGACCUAAGCUUCAACAAUUUGAAGCACAUCAAGCGCAUUUCCCACCUUGCCAAGUUGCAGAACUUGUACUUUGUGCAGAAUAGGAUUUCCAGGAUUGAGGGGCUGGAGGGGCUAGCGGUUUUGCGGAACCUGGAGUUGGGGGCUAAUCGGAUUCGGGAGAUUGAGAAUAUCGGACACUUGACGGCUUUGCAAGAGCUCUGGUUGGGGAAGAACAAAAUCACUGAGUUAAAAAACCUAUCGACUUUGAAAAACCUCAGAAUCCUCUCAAUUCAAUCCAAUCGCCUAACCAGCAUCACCGGCUUGGACGAGCUAACCUCUCUCGAAGAGCUCUACAUCAGCCACAACGCUCUGACUUCCAUCGCAGGCCUCGAUACCAACAAAAACCUGCGCGUCCUGGACAUCUCGAAUAACCAGAUCGCCCAGCUCGCCAAUCUUGCGCACCUGCCGCACCUCGAGGAGUUGUGGGCGAGCAAUAACAAACUCGCCUCGUUCGAGGAGAUCGAGCAGGAGUUGGGCGGUUUGGAAGAAUUGGUCACGGUUUACUUUGAGGGGAACCCGCUCAUGCGGGAGGCCGCCGCGGGGUACAGGACCAAGAUUAAGUUGGCUUUACCAAGGAUUAAGCAGAUUGAUGCUACGUUUGUGAGGGCUUAG